AUGGCGCCGACCGAUGCGCUGUCGGCGCCCGGAGCCGUGUCAUACUCGUCAGACAACUUGGUAGUUGGAGACGGGACAUGGGACUUCACCAAGAAUGACUUCUUACUACCAAAUCUCAUGGGCUUGCCCUUUGAGACUAUGCAGUACAAUGGCAUGGGCAAUCGAUUCUCGACUUUGGCACAAUACCACCAGCUUAUAACAGGCCACGGCGUCUUGGCCGCCAUUGUCUUCUUACUUAUCAUCCCGGUAGCAGUCAUGAUGGCCAGGUUCCAUCGAGGUGCACCCGGUAGUGCUGUCAAAUACCACGCGUAUCUACAGAUCCUCGCCGUUGGCCUCACCACCGUCGUAUUCAUCUUGGGUUUCUUUGCGGUCGGCCCAAAGCGAAGUCUCACAAAUCCACAUCACGGCAUUGGCGUAGCCAUAUACACCCUGAUCCUGGUCCAAGCAUUGGGCGGCCGUUUUAUUCGGCGCAUUACCAAGAGGUCGCUUCGUGUCAUGAUCCAUCAGUGGACUGGCAGAGCCAUUGCCCUCCUCGGCAUAGCUCAAGUUCCUCUGGGGCUUACUCUGUACGGAUCACCCAAAUUCACCUUCAUCCUAUUCGCCAUUUGGAUGGCAUUCCUACUCCUCGUCUAUUUCGUCCUAAGCUGGCGUCGCGAGAAGCAUCUGGACGAUGUGUAUAUUCAUGGUGGUCGAUCCGCUCAUGGAGGAACUGAAAUCUCCGUCUCGAGUCGGCGGGAAGAGCAUCGGGGCCGAGGUUGGUUGGGCCCGCUGGCUGCCGGAGCCGGUCUGGCAACACUUUGGAAGGGCCGGAAAAAUGAGAAAGAGAGAGAACGGAGUCGCAGCCGUAGUCACAGCCGUAGCCGGUCCCGUGUACGCAACGGGAGCAGGCCACCUGAGGUAAUCUCGUCCAGACGUGAGUCCCAUAUCUACUCGGAAAAGCCAGAUCAUUCAGAGUAUACCGAUGUACCCAAACGCAACGGCUUCAUGGAUAGAUUUCUGGCCCUCGCAGGUCUUCUCGGAGCUGGUGCGUUUGCCAAGAGACAACUAGACAAGAGAGAUGCGACUCGUCGCUACCAUGAUGAGGAAUACUCGGCUGUGGCCACGGAUACACCAAGCAGAAGGAGUAGACCAAAUCGCUACGCCAGGUCCCGAUACACGGAAAGCGACAUCACCGAUUCCCUGACAGAUCUUGGGAGAGAUGAACGAAGCAGGAGGCAUAGCACGCAUCUUCCUGGACCGGGCAAUCGCAUGGCUAAUGACCCCCGUACUCAUCGGCCGACAGAUUCCAGAAUCGACAGCUUCUUCAGCUCGGAUUAUUCAUCUUAUGUCAGCCCUUCACGCAGGGCAAAGGAUGAACGAGAACAAAUUGGGACUGGGAAGGGCAUCUUGGCUGGCCUGGGACUGGGCUGGCUUGCGGCAAAAAUGAAAGGCAAAAAGGGCAAGGGAGAAGUUGAAGAACAACGGAAAUAUGAGGAGGAGCGGCGUGGUGGCUAUCAUGGCUCUCGACUGACCGGAGAUGGGUAUGGAUCGCCGAGAAGGGCGUCCUAUCGCAGACAGUCACGGCCUGCAGGAACUAUGACCACCAUGACGGGCGACUCAGAUUACUCUUCGGUUGAGCCACGUCCUACGGGAACCAGUUCCGCAGGGCCGCCCAUGCCUCCGUUGGGACCUGCAGGCCACGGUCCGGUUCCGGUCAGACCGAUUGCUGGGGAGUCAGCUACACGACACGACUCGAUCAUCGCCCCGGUAGAGAUGCCCCCCAUCCCGGAUGAUGCUCACGGACACGGUAUACUCCACCGAUCCGACUCGGGCAGCGAAAGCUACAUGUCUGCAGGUGGUCGUCCCCAACGCCGCGGCUCUUCCCGUCGUAGACGCGCCGGCGAGUCGGCGGCAGCGGCAGCGGCAGCAUCGGCCAGUGUCCUUGCUGCGGAGACAGAAGCAGAUCGGCGCCGACGCGAUCAGAGUCACUCUCGAGCUCCGAGCCAACCCGUGAGCGUCAAGGUCAAAUACCAUGAUGAUAGAGACCGGAACAUCACGCUACGGCGUCUCACAGAGGAAGAAGCCGCGCGCGAGCAACGCCGCCGCCGCCGCCGCUCCAACUCGGCUAGCAGUCUCAGCGAAUCCGACAUUGGCGGGAGCACAGGUCGACGUCGUUAUCGCCGAGACUCCAGCGCGAGAAGGACGGGUGAUGAGCUAGGUGGAGAGCCUCUAUCGCCCCCAGCGCCGGCAUUUGCAGGAGGAAGAAGGCCGGCCAAGGACGCUGCAUAUUAUGCGGGCCAUGGCGCGGGCACAUCGGCGGCACCCAUGACUCCUAUGCAUGGCGCCCCAACCGUGUCUAGUAUCGACACGCCUCCGGGGACUCAUGACACCUUUAGCGCAAUGAGCCCAUCGCCAAGCGGAGCUGCUGGCACGGACAUGGGUACUGCUUCAGCUGCAGAUCGCCGCAGACGGCGGAGGCUGGAACGAAGGGAUCAAAGACCUUCAGCAACCGUAGAAUUCACUUAA